AAAGAGUUUCAGAGACUUUGCGGUGACAGAAUCAAAUACAUAAUUAGUAAAAAGAACCUCUGAUCCUAUAUAUUCACAUGAUGCGGUCUGCGAAAUUUUCAAUCUGCAAUGAAUGUUCGUGCAACCUAAUUUUUGAACCCGACUGUAGAUAAUUAACAACUGUUUUACAGUCUCUUUUACGAUCUACUAACAAAGUGGAAAAUAAAUAUUCCCUAUAUCGCAUCAUGUCUUCAGAACAAGCAUUAUGGUCAGAGAGCGAAUAUCCUAAGUUACAGCCCGGUGUUCUUAGAUUGUAUAGCAACCGUUUCUGCCCUUUCGCAAAAAGGACACGACUCUUGCUGGAACACAAGAAUAUUCCACAUGAAAUUGUCAACAUUAACUUAGCUGAUAAGCCGAAAUGGUACACGGAAAAGGUCAGUUGCCUUGGAAUGGUUCCAGCAAUUCAGUGUGGUGACGUCAUAAUUUUUGACUCGAUCAUUGUCAACGAAUAUCUUGACUCAGUUUUCCAAGAUAACAGAUUAGUUCCAGAAGAUCCUUACAAAGUGGCAAAAGACAAAAUGCUAGCAGAAAUCUGGGCGAAGGUACUUAGACAAUGUGGGAAAAUGUUUACAUGCCAUUCUGGGAAUGAAUCUGAAGUCAUCCCUGAUCUGUUAGCAGAACUCGACCAUAUUGACGAGGAAUUAAAGAUUAGAAAUGCUCCGUUCUUUGGCGGAGAUAAACCGAUGAUGAUAGACUUUCAUAUCUGGCCUCAUAUGGAGCGUAUAGUACAUUAUUCCCAACUCUAUGAGGAGUGUAAACUGGACAAUGGAAGAUUUCGUCAUUUGACGCCAUGGAUUGGUCGAAUGAUGUCACUUCCGGUGGUGAUAAAAACUAAGACACCAUUAGAAUGGUUCCGAUUAUUUAUAGAAUCAGUGAAAGCUGGAAAAACUGAUUGCGAUAUUGGUUUAGCUGAAUAAGCUGUAGAAAAUAAUAAUCUGGACAUUGUUUUUCUCGGGAUCUUUACCAUUUUUGAAGUCUUCUUCAGCCCUAUAUUAUAUGCCUAAUACGGGUGUUUUAUGUCUCUCAUUCUAUUCAAACUCUUGUAACAUUAUUGUAUUCCGUCUCGGAGCCGUUGUUUUUGGAAAGCAACAUGUAACUUGGUUUUUUUUAAACAUCUCAUUGGUCUAUAUUUUCAUUUGUCUGAUUACUAUGUACAUGUUUUGUAACUACAGAGAUAAGACACAUUUUAAAGAUUAGAUUGUAUACAAAG